AUGCACUUGCCAGAAAGGCUACGUGGGUGACGGCUUGACAUGUUUUGGAAACAUCAUGGAGCGACUCAGAGAACUAAACACUGAGCCCAGAGGGAAAUGGCAAGGAAAGCUGACCUCCUUCAUCUCACUCCUGGACAAAGCUUAUGCCUGGCCAGUAAGCAACCUGGGACCGUUCACUGUGCUGCUGCCCUCAGACAAGGGCCUGAAAAGAUUUGAUGUGGAAGAGCUUUUGAUGGAUGCUGAGGCUGCCCAGUACUUUGUAAAGCUCCACAUCAUUGCUGGGCAGAUGAGCACAGAAGUGAUGAACAACACAGACGCCUUCUACACCUUGACCGGGAAGCCAGGGGAAAUCUACAAUGUAGAUAAGGACAAUCAACUAAAACUUAAACUUUAUGGAGGCAAAAAGAAGGUGAAAAUUAUACAGGGGAACAUCGUUGCUUCUAAUGGACUUGUGCACAUCAUCGACAGAGCCAUGGACAAGCUGGAACCCACGUUUCAGAGCAACGCUGAGCAAACCAUAAUGACAAUGCUGCAACCAAGAUAUAGCAAGUUCAGAUCUUUGUUGGAGGAAACAAAGGUGGGCCGUGCCUUACAUGAGGAUGGGGUUGGUGGACCGUAUACCGUUUUUGUUCCAAGUAAUGAAGCAUUGGAUAGCAUGAAGGAUGGCACUCUGGAUUACCUCCUUUCUGCAGAGGGCUCUCGGAAGCUUCUGGAACUUGUCAGAUAUCACAUUGUUCCGUUUACCCAGUUGGAGGUGGCCACUGUCAUUUCGACCCCUCACAUCAGGAGCAUGGCCAACCAGAUGAUACGGUUCAACACGACCAGCAACGGACAGAUUCUGGCUAAUGAAGUGGCAAUGGAUGAAACCGAGAUCACUGCCAAAAAUGGCCGAAUUUACACACUGACCGGGGUUCUCAUUCCUCCCUCCAUCGUCCCAAUCCUACCCCAUCGAUGCGAUGAAACAAAGAGAGAAACGAAACUGGGAACUUGUGUGAGCUGCUCCCUGUUGAAUUGGAGCAAAUGUCCUGCUGACUCUGAGCCUAUGGAACUCUUCACACCCAAUUGUGUCUACAGCAGCAGAAUAAGGAGCCUGAAGAGGGGCUGUGCCCAAUACUGUAAUGCCACUGUGAAGAUACCGAAAUGCUGCAAAGGCUUCUACGGACCUGACUGCAACCCCUGUCCAGGAGGCUUCUCGAAUCCAUGCUCAGGAAAUGGACAGUGUGCAGAUGGCCUCGAGGGCAAUGGGACGUGCGCUUGUAAGGAUGGCUUCCAGGGCUCCCAGUGUCAGUUCUGCUCUGACCCCAACAAAUAUGGACCUCGGUGUAACCAAACAUGCCUGUGUGUUCACGGAGCGUGUGAUAACAGGAUAGACAGUUCAGGGGCCUGCCUCAGUGGCACAUGCAGAAACGGCACAGCCGGGAGAUUCUGUGACAAGCAGACUUCAGCCUGUGGGCCCUAUGUUCAGUUCUGUCACAUCCAUGCCACUUGCCACUACAGCAAUGGGACUGCCAGCUGCGUUUGCAAGGAAGGCUACAGAGGAGACGGAACUCUGUGCUCUGAGAAGGACCCUUGCGUGGGAUUAGCCCCAGGCGGUUGUAGUCGCAAUGCAGAAUGCAUCAGAACUGGCACAGGGAGCCACACCUGUGUGUGCCAGCAGGGCUGGACAGGGAACGGGAGAGAUUGUGUAGAGAUCAACAACUGCCUGCUACCCAGUGCCGGCAGCUGUCACAACAAUGCCACCUGCUUGUACGUAGGCCCUGGGCAGAACGAAUGUGAGUGCAAGAAAGGGUUUCGAGGAAACGGGGUUGACUGUGAACCAAUAAUUUCAUGCUUGGAGCAAACCGGGAAAUGUCACCCACUGGCAACCUGUGAGUUUGCUUCUUCUGGUGUCUGGAGGUGUGUGUGUCAAGAGGGCUAUGAAGGAGAUGGUCUCCUGUGUUAUGGAAACGCAGCCAUGGAAUUGUCAUUCCUCUCCGAAGCAGCUGUGUUUAACCAAUGGAUAAACAAUGCCUCUCUACAACCCAUGCUGUCCACCACCUUGAAUCUCACUGUCCUCGUGCCUUCCCAGCAAGCUAUUGAGGACAUGGACCAAGAUGAGAAGAACUUUUGGUUGUCACAGAGCAAUAUUCCAGCCCUAAUAAAGUAUCACACGCUGCUCGGCACCUAUGGGGUGGCAGACCUGCAGACCCUGACAUCUUCUGACACGCUAGCAACAUCAUUGCAGGGCAUCUUCCUUCACCUGGACAAGGCAAAUGGGAAUAUCACAAUUGAAGGGGCAUCCAUCAUUGAUGGUGACAACGCAGCCACAAAUGGAUUGAUACACAUCAUCGACAAGGUGCUGGUCCCCAGAAGAGGUCUAACUGGCUCCUUGCCAAAUCUGCUCACCCGGCUGGACCAGAUGCCAGACUAUUCCAUCUUCCGGGGCUACAUCAUUCAAUACAAUCUGGGAAAUGCUAUCGAGGCUGCAGACACCUACACUGUGUUUGCUCCAAACAAUGAUGCCAUUGAGAAUUACGUCAGGGAGAAGAAGGUCACAACUCUAGAGGAGGACGUACUCCGGUACCACGUGGUCCUAGAGGAGAAGCUCUUGAAGAACGACCUGCACAAUGGUAUGCACAGGGAGACCAUGCUGGGCUCCUCCUACCUCCUCGGCUUCUUCCUCCGCGAUGACCAGCUCUAUGUAAAUGAGGCGCCAAUAAACUACACCAAUGUUGCCACUGACAAGGGAGUGAUCCAUGGCUUGGGAAAAGUUCUGGAAAUUCAGAAGAACAGAUGUGAUAAUAAUGACACUACUAUUGUACGAGGAAAGUGUGGCAAGUGUCCCCAGAAACCACCAAUCUGCCCACUUGGAACUAAGCCGCUUGACGAUGAGAGAAGGAAAUGUAUCUACACCAUUUAUUUCAUGGGAAAGAGGUCCUUGUUCAUUGGGUGCCAGCCAAAAUGUGUGAAAACUGUCAUUACCAGAGCGUGCUGUGCCGGCUUCUUCGGCCCCCAGUGCCAGGCCUGCCCCGGGAAGGACCAGAACGUGUGCUUCGGGAACGGGAUCUGUCUGGAUGGCGUGAAUGGCACCGGCGUGUGCGAGUGCGGGCCGGGCUUCCACGGGACGGCCUGCGAGACCUGUGUCGAGGGCAAGUACGGCAUCCACUGCGACCAAGCAUGUUCUUGUGUUCAUGGGAGAUGCAACCAAGGCCCCUCAGGAGACGGCUCCUGUGAAUGUGACGUUGGCUGGCGAGGAGUGACGUGCGACAGUGAGAUCACAAAAGACAACUGCAAUGGGACAUGCCACACCAGCGCCAACUGCCUUCUCAAUUCAGAUGGCACAGCCUCGUGCAAAUGUGCCGCAGGAUUCCAAGGGAACGGGACAGUCUGCACAGCCAUCAAUGCCUGUGAGACCAGCAAUGGAGGAUGCUCUGCUAAGGCUGACUGUAAGAGAACCACCCCAGGAAGCCGAGUGUGCGUGUGCAAGGCGGGCUAUACAGGCGAUGGCAUUGUGUGCAUUGAAAUCAACCCAUGUUUGGAGAAUCAUGGUGGCUGUGACAAGAACGCAGAGUGCACACAGACAGGACCCAACCAGGCUGUCUGUAACUGCUUGCCAAAGUACACUGGAGAUGGGAAGGCCUGCACACUCAUCAAUGUCUGCUUAUCCAACAAUGGCGGCUGCAGUCCAUUUGCUGUCUGUAAUCACACUGGACAAGGUGAAAGGACAUGUACUUGCAUGACAAACUACACUGGGGACGGAUUCACCUGCCGUGGCAGCAUCUAUCGGGAACUGCCUAAGGACCCAAGAACGUCCCAGUAUUACUUCCAGUUGCAGGAGCACGCCAUCAGAGAACUGUCUGGGCCAGGGCCCUUCACAGUGUUUGCACCUUCGUCUAAUUCCUUCAAUGAAGAACCCCGGAUCAAAGACUGGGACCAACAGGGCAUGAUGUCCCAGGUUCUUCGAUAUCAUGUGGUCGCCUGCCAACAGCUGCUCCUGGAAAACCUUAAAUUGACCCCAAAUGCUACUUCCCUCCAAGGAGAGACACUUGUCAUCUCUGUCUCUCAGGGCACAGUAUAUAUAAAUAACGAGGCUAAGAUCAUAUCCAGCAAUAUCGUCAGUACUAACGGCGUCAUCCACAUCAUAGACAAACUGCUCUCUCCCCAACAUUUGCGUGUCACCCCCAAAGACGCUUUGGGAAGGAUUCUGCAAAAUCUUACCACAGUGGCAAUAAACCAUGGCUACAACAGAUUCAUCAAGUUAAUACAGGACUCAGGCUUGCUGAGUGUCAUCACUGACCCCAUCCACACCCCAGUCACGCUGUUCUGGCCCACGGACCAAGCCCUCCAAGCCCUACCCUCUGAACAACAGGAGUUCCUGUUCAACCAAGACAACAAGGACAAGCUGAGAGAGUAUUUGAAGUUCCACGUGAUCCGAGAUUCCAAGGCCUUAACUGCAGAUCUCCCCAGAUCGGUUUCCUGGAAAACCCUGCAGGGCUCAGAGCUAAGUGUGACGUGCGGAACUGGCAGUGACAUUGGUGAGCUCUUUCUAAAUGGCCAAAUGUGCAGAAUCGUGCAACGGGAGCUGCUGUUUAACCUGGGCGUAGCCUAUGGCAUUGACUGUCUGUUGACGGAUCCCACCCUAGGGGGCCGCUGUGACACUUUCACUGCUUUCAAUGUUUCGGGAGAUUGUGGAAGCUGUAUCAAUACACCCAGAUGCCCAAGGUGGAGCAAACCAAAGGGUGCGAAGCAGAAGUGUCUCUACCACUUGCUGCCCUACAGGAGGAACGUGGAAGGCUGCCGGCAGCAGUGCACCCUGGUGAUCCAGCUUCCCAGGUGCUGCAAGGGCUACUUCCUGCCAGACUGUCAGGCCUGCCCUGGAGGACCAGAUACCCCGUGCAACAACCGGGGCGUCUGCUUGGAUCAGUACUCAGCCACAGGACGGUGCAGGUGCAACACCGGCUUCAACGGGACAGCCUGUGAGCUGUGCUGGCCCAAAAGAUUUGGGCCCAACUGUCAGCCCUGUGCCUGCUCAGACCAUGGACAGUGCGACGAGGGAAUCACUGGCUCUGGACAGUGCUUCUGUGAAACAGGGUGGACAGGCCGCUUCUGUGACACUCAGACAGUUUUGCCCCCAGUGUGCACGCCUCCUUGUUCUGCUUACGCCACCUGUAUGGAGAACAACACGUGUGAGUGUAACCUGAAUUACGAAGGUGACGGGAUAACAUGCACAGUUGUGGAUUUCUGCAAACAGAACAAUGGAGGUUGUGCCAAGGUCGCCAGAUGCUCCCAGAAGGGCACCAAAGUGUCCUGCAGCUGCCCGAAGGGCUAUCAGGGGGAUGGCCACAGCUGCACAGAGAUAGACCCCUGUGCAGAUGGCCUCAAUGGGGGGUGUCAUGAGCAUGCCACCUGCAAGAUGACCGGCCCGGGCAGGCACAAGUGUGAAUGUAAGAGUCACUACGUGGGAGACGGGCUGGACUGUGAGCCAGAGCAGAUGCCCCUCGACCGCUGCUUACAGGACAAUGGGCAGUGCCACGCAGAUGCCAACUGUGUCGACCUCCACUUCCAGGAUACCACUGUUGGGGUAUUCCAUCUCCGCUCCCCACUGGGCCAGUACAAGCUGACCUUCGACAAAGCCAGAGAGGCCUGUGCCAAGGAAGCAGCAGCCAUGGCCACUUACAACCAGCUCUCCUAUGCCCAGAAGGCCAAGUAUCACCUUUGUUCAGCUGGUUGGCUGGAGAGUGGGCGGGUUGCCUACCCCACAGCCUAUGCCUCCCCGAACUGUGGCUCGGGUAUUGUUGGGAUAGUAGACUAUGGACCCAGGCCCAACAAGAGUGAAAUGUGGGAUGUCUUCUGCUAUCGGAUGAAAGAUGUCAACUGCACCUGCAAGAUGGGCUAUGUGGGAGAUGGCUUUUCAUGCAGUGGGAACCUGCUUCAGGUCCUCAUGUCCUUCCCCUCGCUCACAAAUUUCCUGAUGGAAGUGCUGGCCUAUUCCAACAGCUCAGCCCGAGGCCAGGCAUUUCUGAAGCACCUGACUGACCUGUCCAUCCAUAGUAAUACCCUCUUUGUGCCACAGAACAGUGGGCUUCAAGAAAAUGAGACCCUGUCUGGGCGGGACAUUGAACACCACCUUGCCAAUGUCAGCAUUUUUUACAAUGACCUUGUCAAUGGUACCAUCCUACAAACAAUGGGAAGCCAGCUACUCAUCACUUCCAGCCAGGACCAGCUACAUCAGGAGGAGGCCAGGUUUGUGGAUGGAAGAGCCAUUUUGCAGUGGGACAUCUUUGCCUCGAAUGGAGUUAUUCAUGUCAUUUCCAGUCCCCUAAAAGCACCUCUCACCCCAGAGACUUCAGCCCACUCCGGCCUGGGGACAGGGAUAUUUUUCGCCGUAGUCCUGGUCUUGGGAGCCAUUGCUCUGGCUGUCUAUUCUUACUUUCGGCUGAACCGGAAAACAAUUGGCUUCCAGCAUUUUGAG